UAUGUAAGUCGGAAGAAUCUCCAGGCCCACCUCGAGUCCAAGUGUCCUAAUCGACUACACAAAUGCCCAGACUGUGGUGCAAACAACCAGUACAAAAACCACCAACUUCAUACCAAAUUACAUUGCCCCAAGCGAUUGCAUUGUUGUGUUCAUUGUGGUGAAAACGGCUGCUUUGAUGAGCGUACUUCUACACAUUUGGAGGUUUGUCCCAAGAUAAUGAUUGCAUGUAAAAAGUGCACACAACGUAUCCUGCGCUGCCAGCUACCAACUCAUUUAAACGAAUGCAAGUUUGAACCAGUGCCCUGCAAAUACGCUAAAGUAGGGUGCAAAGUUCGGCCUCUACGCAAAGACCUCAAGAAGCAUGAGGAAAAUUACCAACUUCACCUCCAAGUUACCACAGAAACAGUGCUUGAGCUAAAGAAAAUGCUUCCCAAACCCGUUACCUCAGUUACCUUCAGAGUCACAGAUUUUAACAAGCACAAAACAGACAAUGAUAUAGUCUACGGUCCUGUGUUCUACACUUCCACAAAUGGGUAUAAAAUGUGCUUAAGAAUAGAUGCCAACGGAAGUAGCACUGGCGAAGGCACACAUAUCUCUGCAUAUAUUUGCUUUUUGGCAGGUGAAUACGAUGACUACCUGACCUGGCCGUUUACUGGGACGGUUACCAUCGAGCUUCUAAAUAGGAUAGAGGAUCAGAACCAUCACCAGCUGUCGUUUAAAAUGCCAGCAUACGAAUUAAGUGACAGGGUUUUGGACUCAGAGAAGAGGGACAGUCGGGGAUAUCCCACAUUCAUCUCACACACAGACCUAGCCAAACAUUCCCAGUGCCAGUACCUCAAAGAUGAUACUCUGAUUGUUCGAGUAUCUGUAGAAGUACCAGACUACAAACAAUACCUUGAGUGUAUCAACUAAUGUUUAUAAUUAUGCAUGUAUACGUGUACAUACAAAUUUUCUUUGUGAUAUUUAUAUCACAUGACUGAGUAUAUUUGUGGGGGUGGUCGUAGUAUACUUAUACAUGUACGUACGUCUUAUAUAUAUUAUA